UUAUCAUCUUUACACUUUGAAAGUUAGCAGAGGAAAGGAGAGUAUAGCAAAGAUGAUAAAGGUUGUGAUGGUGAUGAACAAGCAGGGCAAGAUUUCGUCUGGCCAAAUUCUACGAUUAUCAGCUUAUGGAGAAGCACCAAGAGCUUAUUCGCGGCGUCUUUUCAGUAGAGCUGAGAACGUAGGCAAUUUCGUGCAGGCUGAUUCCAUGUUUGGUUCGUUAAGGAAAUGCAGAUGUAGAAGUCUGACUUGCUUCCAAAUAAUUGUCGCCAUUGUUAGACUUAUGAAUUAGUUGUGGUUGUCUGACUGUGAUGCAUCUUUCAUCUUCGUGAAAUUGAAGAUGUUGAUUCCUUUAUUAUGAUUGAUCGCCUUUUUAUGUUUUAACAUUUUCAUUUUUGCAAUUAUUGUUUCACGUUUGUUUUGAAUUUGAUAAUCGUAAUUAGAGUUGAGACAAAUCUUUUGGUUGCUUCAGCUUUACAGUAGUUGCUCUGCCAUAGAUUUCUCUUCAAUUUCAUUUUUUCAAUUUUGCUUGCUGGAUAGGGAUAGCCGCCUUGGGCGCACGAACUUUGCAACUUUCUACUUUGUCUUUGUAUUUGGUAGUUCAGAAAAUGAGCUAGCAAUGCUUGACUUGAUACAAGGUAUGUUAUGUUCUUGUGUGUUUCGUAUUCAGCAAAACUAAGCUUUAGAAGAAGUUUUUGCAAAUUUCUGUACUAAGUAUACCAUUCUGAUGGUUAAGAGUUUUAUUCAUAUUGGACAGCUUUUUAUUUGUUUUGAAGGACAAGACCAUUGGCGUUUCCUUUUUCUUUUGGCGGCAGACAAUUAGUAUUUCAUGCACUUUUUUUAUGUACUAAGGAGCUGAACAUUGCAAUAAAUGUUCCUUUAUUUUAAAUAUUGGAUAAUGUGCUUACUUUAACUAUGAUGCUUCCAGUUUUUGUUGAAACAUAGGACAAAUGCUUCAAGAAUGUAUGCGAGCUUGACAUUGUGCUCAAUUACGCAAAUGCUUCAAAUGCUGUCACACUUGCUCCAAAGUCUGUCUCUUGUUGGCGUUGGAAGCAGUACCACAACAUUCAAAAGUGAGUUAAAACCAUCUCGCAUUUUGAAUGUUAAGCAGUCCUAAAAUUUGUUGUGUCCACUAAAUUAGAUAAAGCGUGACUUUUAGU